CGAUUUCAUGUCAAAGAUCACACACAUGUGUACUUAAAAAUUCUGACAUGUUUUUUUUGGCCUGAUAAUGGAUAAUGAUAUAGGUGGUCCAGCAAAGUCAGAGCGAUGGGCAGGAUAAGUAAGAAAGGCUCAGGGACCAUUAAAAAAUCAACCAAAACUAAACUAAGUCUUGUCAAAAAAGCGAAUAUUGGAAAAAAUAAACCACCAAGACAUUUCAAUAGGCGUAUAGCAGGAAAAGCUGGAAAAAAUCAAAAUAAAUCCAAAGAAUUAAACAACAUAUCAUCAUCAUCAACAGACAAACCAAAACAGAAUCAGAAACAUGUAGCAGCACUUAAUUUUAGGAGAACAAGAACUAAAAAUGUACCAGAAAAGCAAAAGAGCUCAAACCAUGCUGAACACCAAGAAGUAUCUGAUGAUGAAAGUGAAGAAGAAUUAGAUGAGGAAGAUGUUUCAUAUUUUAAGUCUGAAGGGCAAAAUACUAAAUUUAUGUUAGAGAUUCGAGAUAGAAAUCUGAACCAUCAGCAACGUAAACGGAAAUGGGAAAAGGAAAACCAACUAGAAGAGUACGAACAGGCACCGAGGGAGAUGGAAGAAACAGAUCCAAGGAAGAAAAUGAAAGCUCUCCUUCCAGUUAAACAUAAAAGUGGUCUGGAAUAUCGAUGGGAACAGAAAACUGAGAUUUUGGAUAAUUCUGUGACAGGAGAUGAACCAAGUGAGGAAGGUGUUAAACAUGUUGUGAAGGCUCUACCAACUCUCAGUACCGUUGAGCUUUAUGCUAGAAGACAGCAGAAACUGGAAGCCAAGAAGAAAGAAGUGGCAGUACUCGCCAAUGGCAUCAUUCAGGAUCCCGAGUUCUCGACUCAUCGUCUGAAGGCCCUGUGCAUGAUUUUACAUGAAGAUGAUGUAGAGAUUAUGAUAACCAUCAGAAAACUAGUGAUGGUGUCAAUGUUAGAAGUCUUCAAAGACAUCGUUCCUGGAUACAGAAUUAGAGAAUGGGGAGAGAAAGCAAACCAGGUCAAGCUCAGCAAGGGAGUGAAAAUUCUGCGAGAUUUUGAAGAAGGACUGCUUAAAUAUUUUAAGCAUUAUCUUGAAUUUUUGGAACUUACAAUAAAAAAUUUUAUGAAGCCAAAAAGAUUGAGCAAGAUGACGGAAGAGGAAGUGGAAGAGCAUGGAAAAUCAAUUGGUGUUCGGGAGAAGCUUGCGGUGGUUGCCAGCAAAUGCCUGUGUGACCUCGCAGCUAGUCUGUCACAUUUCAACUUUCACAACAACAUACUUUCUGUAAUUGUACCGUUAAUGGCUUGUGAUCAUAAAGAGAUAUCUGACAGAUGUUGUGAGACCAUGAAGACAAUAUUCAGACAGGAUUUAGCAGGACAUUCAACACUAGCAGCUGUCAAGUUUAUCAGUCAACUUGUUCGUAGUAAGAGCUACAAAGUUGAUCCAAAGGUGCUGGAUACAUUUCUGUCAUUAAGAAUAAAAGAAGUAAAUGUUAAAGAUCACAAUGAAGAAAGAAAAAAGAAAGUGUUGGAUCGUAAACAAAAGAAGAUGGCUUUGUCACGGUCACAGAGAAGGCAUAAGAAACAACUGGAGAAAUUGGAAGUGGAACUACAAGCAGCAAAUGCAGCAGAAAACAAGAAAGAGAAACUGAAGUUGCACACCGAUACUAUCCAAGUCGUUUUCACAACAUAUUUUAGAAUUCUAAAGAAGAGUAGGAAAUCUGCUUUGAUGCCAUCGGUUCUUGAAGGCCUAGCUAAGUUCGCCCAUCUCAUCAACUUAGAAUUCUUUGACGAUCUUGUACAAGUUCUCAACUCUCUGAUAGAAUCCGGGGAUCUUCAGUAUAGGGAAUCACUACACUGUGUCCUUACUGCUAUGCAUAUACUAUCUGGUCAAGGUGAAGUCCUUAACAUUGACCCCACUAUGUUCUACAAUCACCUGUACACGACCAUGCUUUCAAAAAAUUUUGACCGUCAAAGCAGUAAUGAUGCAAGAAUAAUUCUUGAAUGUCUGGAUGUGAUGAUCAACAAGAAAAGAAAACUUGUAAACAUUCAACGAGUCCUAGCUUUCAUCAAACGGCUGACUGCAGCAUCGCUCCAGUCACUACCUAAUGCAGCAAUGGCAUUUCUUGCAUGUGCAAUACAAGCUAUGAAGGCAUACCCAAGAAGUGACCUACUACUGGACAAUGAGAGCUCCGGAAGUGGGGUGUACCAGCCAGAGUUGAUGGAGCCAGAGCACUGCUGUGCACAGAACACAGCAUUGUGGGAACUGCAUCUAAUGAAGAAACAUUAUCAUCCAAGUGUGCACUUGUAUGCCCAGCAUUUGUUGAAGGGUUGCCCAGUAACAGGAGCAGGUAGUCUGGACGCUGAAUUAGCAAGACGGACUCCAGUAAAUAUUUGUGAAAUGUUUGAUCCAUCCAAAAUGAAUUUUCAUCCAACAAUUGAAAGUCUUAUUGGAAAAGCACCAAGCAAAAAACAUCAGACAUGUACUAUAGAGGACUUCAUACAAGCAGAAUUUCAGGAUCUUGUUUCCAAAUAUGGAACUUCAAUGCUGACCUGAAAACUAUGGUACUGUAUAAAGUAACGGUAACAAACCACGAACAUCAAAGAGAAAGGCAGGCCACGCUGUUUUAAUAUAACAUCACAGAAUACUGGUGGGCAAACUGCGGCCUGGCAGUGAUAUUGAAGCCCUAUGUGUGAAAACCUCCAUGUUUUUUUUGGCCCAAAAACCGACCAUCUGUAAUGGCAACAAAACAGAAUCCAUUUAGAGUCAAGAUGUGUUCACAUUGGAUGAAUUUUGGUAACUAAUCAUGUACCAGGUCCAGUGCGAGCAAACUGGGUAACAUUCUAUUCGAUCAAAUUACCAAGACGCGCACGAGUUUAACCAGGCAUUGUUUCCUGAGCAUGAACCUGAUGGAAAGAGGAUGACUCGGGAUAAUAUUGCACGCAUUGCUGAAUCGCCAUGCAUUUCAAAAUUUUAGUGUGGACAGCAGUAGGAGUUCGCCUUGGCCAAAAUUAAUCCGAUGCAACCACAGCUUGAUCAUACAUUUUAUUAAACUUUGAGGGUUUUAUGCUAAAUACGUUUAGGCUCACAGUAAAUAAUUAUAGAAUCUGUGAUUUUAAU